GCCGCUUACAGCGCGCGCGUGUUGGUGGUGGUGUGCACCCAUCCUGGCACAAGCUGCGGCGUGUCUUCAGUGGUGUGUUGUGUUUGUGAAUGUGUGUGUGUUAAGUGUUGUGUGUGUGUGUUGUAGGGUGUGUAGGGCGUGUUAUUGAGUGUUGUGUGUGUAAUGAGGAUGGAUAGGAGCGACGCUCACAACAACUAGCGGAGCGCGUUGGCGGCUAAAACACAAAGUUGGCACAGUUAGUGGGGGGGGGUGGGGGUACGGCUGGGUGCAUCUAUCGGUCAUCUACCAGUCAGCCAGUCCAUGGCACCUGCUGGGUCUGCCUCUCAUCCUGAAGUGCCUCCUCGUGCAGUAACAGAAGUGACUGUGUGUGUGUUAUUGCGUGGCCCGUAUAAAGUGUUGAGAGAGGCUUAUUCGGCCUUAAUAUAGGAGCAGGUUCCCCUGUUCUAUGGGUUGUGUUGUGCGCGAUCCCAAUAUGAGUUUGUAAUUUGGUUAAUGAGAAAGCUAAGACUUUAACGUUACUUUAAAGCACCAUAUUAAAUCGAAAACGCUACUGCGUUUGCAGGGAAGGAUGAACUUGAGCAGUCUCGACACGGAGCUUUUCCCUGUAGGAUUGCCACGGCCCGGAGACGUGAUUGAGCUGCAUGGUCCAGAGGGCAGUGGCAAGACGGAGGUGGUGUACCGCUUGCUGGCGAGUUGUGUGCUGCCCGUGGAGGCGGGGGGAUUGGGGAUGCGUGCCAUCCUGCUCGACGCCGACCUACACUUCGACCUCCUGCGCCUCGUCGGAAUGCUGGAACGCCGAAUUCGUGCUGCCAAGCAACGCCCAGGGCAAGCUGGCGACCAUGCCAAUAGCCACAUUGGUGCCAGCGUGGGUGGUAGUGAUGGCUGUGCAGAUGGAAUUGUAGAAACAGGUGGCAACUGUGCCAGUGGCUGUGGGAAUGUUGGUGGCCGUGGAGGCCAUAUUGAUGGCAGUGACUGUGGUAUGGGAGGCCAUGGUGGUAGUGGGAACUGUGUUAGAGGUAGUGCUAGUGGCCCUGGGGGCCCCACUGGUGACAGACAAUGCCUCCUCGGUGGCAACAGAGUAGUUUGUGAAAAUAAAUGCAAUGUUGAUGGUGACGGAGAUUUGAUAACGGAAGACGAUGAUGAUGAGGCUGCGGCAGAGCUGGCGCUACGGGGAUGCCUCAGCUGUCUGUCUAUAGCCACGUGCCACACUGUCUCACAGCUUGAACUGACACUGCUGGCACUAGAGGAACAGGUGGCAUUGCCUCCACUUUUGGGCUCGAACCGCCCGCAUGUGGGAUUGCUGGUGCUCGAUGGGCUCUCAGCAUUCUAUUGGAUGGACCAACCUUGUCCGGGCAGCACCAGUGUGACGGAGCGCUGCUGUGAGGUGCUCAGCCGCAUGGCACGCCAGCAGGGCCUGGUGCUCAUCGCCACCACACAACAGCUGUUCAGACCACAGCGGCAGCAGGCGUCACGUGGUGCAGGGCCUCGCCCUCUCCUCGGCAGGGCCUGGCAUGCGUUGGUGACACUGCGCUUUGUGUUCGGCCGUGACGACGGUGUCCCGGGGGCAGUGACUUCGAAGACUUUCUCCAUGGAGCUCGACCGGGCUCCGGGCGACACCCAUUUCCGGCGCUCGUUCGUUAUUAGUGAAGAUGGCGUGCGGUUGUUGUAGUAUUUGCCAUGCGGAGACACGUGUACAUUUUGCAGCGUGGUUGGUGUGCACAUGUGAUUCGAUGCCUGUAAUGUGGGCUUAGAGAAUUUAUUUUGAUCGAUGAGUCAAUUCAUUAUUGCACACCUAAUGCACUGUAUAUGUUUCUGUGUGAGACAGCGUUAAUGAUGAUCAUGCAGAUUUGUGAAGCUCGCAAAUCUGUCUGGGCUGUGAGAUGACCAAAAACAAGAUGGGUUGAUGAACCUAUAUUUGCGAACCUUUUGAGUGUUAGCCCCUGGCACACGUGGUGAGUGCUAUCCAGCUCCGGUUUUUCUUUCCACAGAAAGCAAUAUGCUUCUUCAAAAGGAGUCGGUCAAACAACCCGUGGCAGGAUCCUGCGCAUAUGAAUUUAUUCUUUUUAUUCGUGUUUUACUAUUUUCUCGUGACCCGUCGCAGCCACUACAAAUUGUACAAUGCAUAACAAUGUUAAAAUAAGCAUUGAUACUCAAAUCAAAUCGUGACAAUUGCAUAGCCGCGUGUUAAUAAUUACGGCUUGCAUGGUUACCCUCGAGUCCCGAUCCACGUUCAAUCAUUGCAAUCAUUUGCACUGUACUCAUUUUAGUCUGAGUGUACAUGAAAAAGAGCCAGAUGAGGUUAGGUAUCCAUAUGUAUAGAAAAAUGUGUACUCAUGCUUAUUUGUGGCCCUUUAAAUUAAUACUAUGAUAUUCCAAAUGACAGUGCUUCGAGAAUGAAUACCUAUUCAGAAAGUUACAAUUUGGUUGUAAGUUGACUCGGUCCAUCAUAUGGCCAGGGGAUGAUAAAAUAAUUACCACUUGAGAAGUCAAAUUUUGCGCUACAGAGAGACAGAUAUGGGCAUUUUAUGAAUGGAAUUUCGCUUGCAUGCGGAAACAGUCCCGUGUACCAAAGCUGCGUCCAAAGCCAUCUAAGCAGAGGUGAUCUUGAGAAGUUACUUCGAGGGCAAGAGUGACAAUGCGUGAGCAAGUUAACAACAAUGGGCUUGUAGUAUCUGCGACGUCUACACUUGCGGGUGAGUGGUCUGCUUGUCCUAUCAUCAGACGACUGGCGCUGGGGGGGGGGGGGGGGGUUAAGGCACUUUACUCGCAAGUGACAGACCGCGAGUUCAAACCCGGGUGCGGGUUUGAUAAGUCAAUCAUUACCCAAAUCGCGGUCAUCGCCCAAAAGACAUCACUGCAAAAUAAUUGCAGUCGUUUGUGUUAUGGAAAAAAAAAACUGGCCUCGUCCAAAUGAAUGUGAAAUUUACACCACUGGCUGCAUGAGUGCCGCUAACGAAUAAAUAAGCACUAACCCGUUUUUGUACGUUUGAUCCACUGUGAUAAUUCUCGUGUUUACAUAAAAGUGCACCUACGUAGUCUGUCAA